UCUGAGGUACGCUUGCGCAAUUAGUCAUAUGAUUUAUAUGUUGUCUUUAUAUUGACAUAGUCUUGUGAUUGAUUCAGUAUUAAAAUCUCAUAGGACGAACUACACCGUUUGCUUUACAAAAAUGAAGUUGUUCUUCGGACUGACACUGAUAUCUUUUGUGUUCAGUUUUACUGUGGAGAAUGAUUGCUCAUUAAAAGGUCCAUCUUAUUGGUGUCAAAGCAAAUCCACUGCAAUCAAAUGUCAAGCAACCAACUAUUGUGAAAAUCAUGUUUGGCUAAAAGGAAAAAGUACUAAAGAAGUUGAUUUAUGUGCAACAUGUAAGCAAGAAGUUAAUAUGCUUCAUGCAUUUAUUGAAAAAAAUGAAACUUAUGUUAUGAUAAUGUCAUUUUUAAAACAAGAGUGUGAUAUGUUCCCAAGUUCAGUCAGAGAUGCUUGCAAUAGCAUAGUAGGUGUUUAUUCAACUAAGAUUAUUGAAUAUAUUGUAAUGACUACAUCAGAUGCUCAAGCAUCCUGCACUCAAUUUGGAUUAUGCACAGAUUCAUUGUCUUUUAUUGAUGCCAAAAAAGAUCUAAUGUUGGAUGGUACAGAUUACUGUCUUACUUGCCAACAGUAUGUGGGAACACUACAUCUAAUAAUUUCAAAUAAAGGUACAAAAGAUGAAAUAAUAUCAGAAUUAAAGAACAGUUGUUCUCUUGUGCAAAAUGAAGCCUACAAGCAAAUUUGCACUGUAUUGGUUGAUACUUUUGCUUCUAAAGCUUUUGAUUGGUUGAUUGACUAUACUGGGCGUCCCAUCAGUUUUUGUACUCUACUUCAGUUAUGCAAAGCAUCAUUUAUCCCUUUAGUGAGAGGGGUUCCUAUGAUUAAUGAGUUUGGACUCUCAAUGAAGAAUUCAGAUUUAGUGAUUAACAUGGUUGCAGAUGUGAUGUUGAAAGCCCAGAAAGAAGUUAAACAAACCCAACCCAAUAGUGUUUCUCACAAGGAUGUUUCUCCCAAGAGUGUUUCAUGUGAGCUUUGCACAUUGGCCAUGAGUUCUUUAGUAGGUAUUUUAAAAGGAAAUGAAACCAAGGCUGAAGUAAAACAAGCUUUAGAGCAAGUAUGUGCUAUAAUACCAGCAUCUCUCAAAUCAGAGUGUGAUCAAUUAGUUGAUACAUAUUCUGAUAAGAUUGUUGAUUUGAUUGUUGCAGAACUCUCAGAUCCUAAUGCUAUUUGCAAGGAAAUUGGUUUAUGUGCUUCAAAAAUAAAAAAAGUUAUGACAAAGUCUAUGAAGCAGGAUGUCAAGCAAGGUGUUAAGCAGGGUGUUACAUGUGAGCUUUGUACAAUGGUUAUUAAAUCUCUGGAAGGUAUUUUAGAAGGAAAUGAAACAAAAGCUGAAAUAAAACAAGCACUAGAGAAAGUGUGCGGUUUGAUACCAUCUGUCAAAUCAGAGUGUGACCAGCUUGUUGAUAGCUACAGUGACGAGAUUGUUGAUUUGAUAAUAGAGCUAGCAAAUCCAGACUCUAUUUGCAAGCUUAUUGGUUUGUGUACAUCACAAGUAAACAAAGUUGAACAAAUCCAACCCAAAGGUGUUUCAUGUGAGCUUUGCACAAUGGCUAUGAGUUCUUUAGUAGAUAUUUUAAAAGGAAAUGAAACCAAGGCUGAAGUAAAACAAGCUUUAGAGAAAGUAUGUGGUAUACUACCAGCAUCUCUCAAAUCAGAGUGUGAUCAAUUAGUGGAUACAUAUUCUGAUAAGAUUGUUGAUUUGAUUGUUGCAGAACUCUCAGAUCCAAAUGCUAUUUGCAAGGAAAUUGGUUUAUGUGCUUCAAAAAUAAAAAAAGUUAUGACAGAGACUUUGAAGCAGGGUGUCAAGCAAGGUGUUAAGCAGGGUGUUACAUGUGAGCUUUGCACAAUGGUUAUUAAAUCUCUGGAAAGUAUUUUAAAAGGAAAUGAAACAAAAGCUGAAAUAAAACAAGCACUAGAGAAAGUGUGUGGUAUUUUACCAUCUGUCAAAUCAGAGUGUGACCAGCUUGUUGAUAGCUACAGUGACGAGAUUGUUGAUUUGAUAAUAGAGCUAGCAAAUCCAGACUCUAUUUGCAAGCUUAUUGGUUUGUGUACAUCACAAGUGAACAAAGAACAUGUUAUAAAGUUGACGAAAUUAGAUUUACGUGUUAAACAAACCCAACCUAAUGGUGUUUCAUGUGAGCUUUGCACAAUGGCCAUGAGUUCUUUAGUAGAUAUUUUAAAAGGAAAUGAAACCAAGGCUGAAGUAAAACAAGCUUUAGAGCAAGUAUGUGCUAUAAUACCAGCAUCUCUCAAAUCAGAGUGUGAUCAAUUAGUGGAUACAUAUUCUGAUAAGAUUGUUGAUUUGAUUGUUGCAGAACUCUCAGACCCUAAUGCUAUUUGCAAGCAAAUUGGUUUAUGCACUUCAAAAAUAAAUAAAGUUAUGACAAAGACUGAAAAGCAGGGUGUCAAGCAAUCAUCACAAGUGAUCAAAGUUAAACAAACUCAACCCAAGGAUGAUUCAUGUGAGCUAUGCACAAUGGCUAUGAGUUCUUUGGAAGAUAUUUUAAAAGGAAAUGAAACCAAGGCUGAAGUAAAACAAGCUUUAGAGCAAGUAUGUGGUUUACUACCAGCAUCUCUCAAAUCAGAGUGUGAUCAAUUAGUUGAUACAUAUUCUGACCAGAUUAUUGAUUUAAUUGUUGCAGAACUCUCAGAUCCCAAUGCUGUUUGCAAGCAACUUGGUUUAUGUGUUUCAAAAGUAAAUAUUCAAAAAGUUAAUCAUGAUAGUGGUAAUGGUAUUACUUGUGAUUUUUGCCAGUAUGCAAUGGGUAAGUUAGAUGCCAUUCUAACUGAUAAUGCAACAGAAGCUGAAAUAAAACAAGCAGUUGAAAAUUUGUGUGCUAAAUUUCCAUCUGCUAUAGCUGGAGAGUGCAAGAUACUAAUUGAUCUUUAUGGAGAUAUGAUAAUUAGCAUGCUUGCCCAAGAACUGAAACCAUCAGUUAUUUGUCAGGCCCUUGGUUUAUGCACUGAAAAAAUGGCAGCUAAGUUUACAAAGCUCAAGAUAAAACAUUUUCUUGCUAUGCGCCAAGAAGUAAAAGGUGUGUCAUGCAGCAUAUGUGAAUAUGCCAUGGGUUAUUUAGACAAAGAGUUAGAAACAAAAAAAGUUGAAACUGAAAUUGAACAGGAGAUCCAAGUCCUUUGUAAAAAGCUGCCAUCAGCGUUCUCAAACGAGUGUGAUGCCCUAAUUACAGAGUAUGGUGAUGAUUUAAUAAAACUCGUUGUUGAACAGAUAAAACCAGCUGAAGUUUGUAAGAUCCUAAAGCUUUGUUAAAAUUUCGAAGAAUUUGGAUAUAUUUUUUGUAAUUUGUUUUUAUACUUUUUAUGGUUAAUAUAUUAUUAAAUGUAAAAUAUAAUUUUAAACAUUUUUAAAAAAAGUCUCUUUUUUUACACGUUGUAAUUAUUAUCGUUAGCCAUAUAUUCUCACUACUUUUUUUGUAUAAAACAUUAAUCAAAAUAAAAGAAUUAAAAACUAAA